GUGGCCGCGCAGGUCUCGACGCUCAACACAAACACUCGGUACCUGCACCCGACCGUGUGCGAGCUGGCGCGCCGACUGCUCGACACGAUGCCCGCUCCGCUCCGCGACGGAGUCGUCUUCUUCGUCAACUCCGGCUCCGAGGCAAACGACCUCGCGCUCCGGCUCGCCCGCGCGGCAAACACACGCGGCGCGAGCCGCUGCCUGGUCGUCGAGCACGCCUACCACGGCCACACGUCGGCGGUGAUCGGUCUGUCGCCGUACAAGUUUGACCAUCGCUCCUUUGGGGGGCGAGGCCAGCCCGAGUGGGUCACUAAGUGCCCGGCGCCCGACUUGUUCCGCGGCCCGCACCGCGGUGCCGACGCAGGAAGGCGGUACGCAGAGGCGGUCGCAGAGGCGUGCGGCGAGGAGGGCGAGGGUGGCGUGUGCGCCUUCUUCAUCGAGUCGGGCAUGUCUGUCGCGGGCGUCCUCCUCCCUCCCGCCGGGUACCUCGCCUCCUGCUACGAGGCGGUGCGCGCGGCGGGCGGCGUCUGCGUGGCGGACGAGGGGGUGGCGCCGGACAUCGUGACGAUGGGCAAGCCGAUGGGGAACGGGAUGCCGCUCGCCGCGGUCGUCGCCACGCGGCGGGUGUCGGAUGCUUUUGCGGCCGGGCCAGAGUAUUUCAACACGUUCGGCGGCAACCCGGUCUGCGCGGCAGCGGGGCUGGCCGUCCUCGAGGCGAUCGAGCGGGACGGGCUGCGAGCAAACGCGGCGGCGACGGGGCAGUGGCUGCGGGCGGCGCUGCAGGCGCUGCGGGCGGAGGAGGCGUCGCACGGCGUCGAGUUUGUGCGCGAGCGAGCGUCCCGCGAGCCCGCGGCCGCCGAGACGAGUUGGCUGUGCUCGCGGCUCAAGGACGAGCACCGCAUCCUCACUUCGAUCGACGGGCCGCACGACAACGUGCUCGUCAUCAAGCCGCCCCUCUGCUUCAGCCGCUCCGACGCCGAGCAGCUCGUGCACGCGCUGAGGAGCGAGCUCGUCGGCAUGCGCGGCGCAGACCUCGCCGGCGUGACGGCGACGCCCACGUGAGGAGGGAGGGGUAGUCGACAACCCGCUCUCCUCCAACGGCCCCGGGCCCCCCCCCCGCCGGGGCCGCGCGGUGGUCGGCCGCCGGCCGCCGGGGCCGCGCGCCCGCGCCGCCGGCCGCCCUAGAGCGUCGCCCCAUGCGUCCAACCCAGUGACACUUUCUGAUUUAUUGUUCAUUGAUGCUCACAGCGGAGU